AUGGCUAUACAGUUUUUAUACCUUUUAUCAAGACAAGGGAAAGUAAGACUAUCGAAAUGGUAUCAAACCAAUUCACAAAAGGAAAAAGCCAAGAUAACUCGAGAAUUAUCAACGUUAAUAUUAAGUAGAAGACCUAAGAUGUGUAAUGUGAUUGAAUAUAGAGAUAUCAAGAUCAUAUAUAAACGAUAUGCAUCUUUGUUUUUCAUAAUUGGGAUUGAUAGUGAGGAUAAUGAAUUGAUUGGAUUAGAGAUUAUUCAUCGAUUUGUUGAACAAAUGGAUCGAUUCUUUGGAAAUGUAUGUGAAUUAGAUAUUAUCUUUGGGUUUGAAAAGGCUUAUCAUAUUUUAGAUGAAUUAUUGAUUGAUGGUUAUAUUCAAGAAAGUUCUAAGAAGGAGAUUUUAAGAAGAAUUGGUCAACAAGAUGAAUUAGAGAAUUUAGAUGAAUUUGAUAAUAUAUUAAGCUAG